UAUGUCUUAAAUGUUAGUUCAGAGUAGAUGCAGGGAUUUCUUUUCUGUGGCGUCUGUGAUGUAACAAAUAACAAUAUCAAAUUAAAAGUUUUUAGGCUUUGUCUUUGAUGUGGAAUUUUCUUUAAUCAGUUCAGAUUUUUUUGAUAAACUACAAAUGAGAUUUCAGCUUGUAGUAACAAGAUUUGCAACAAGUUAGGAACAAGAUUUCUACACAAUACAAGCUGUAUAGAGUCAAUAUAAUUUUUGUAUGAACAAGAGAGAUAAUUAAGACCUCUUAUUCGCAGGUGGUGUCAGAGGUGAUGGUGUUAACUGGACGAAGAAGGGGCAACCAUUAUUCAUUUUCUUUGAUUAUGGUUGGUACAUUUCAAGAAAAGAUGGAGCCGUAAGCUGUGAGAGAUGCUGAGGACUGUAUCUCCUGCAUGCAUCCCAUGGGUGUGAUCACAUGCACGGUCCCCAUGAACCCUUCCGGCGAUGUCAUUUACACACACAAGAAGUUCAAGCGGGCCACAUCUGAGGCCUGUGACAAUGCAGAACAGCAGCAGCAAAACGAAAGGGGUAAAAAGGGUGGGACAGAGGUUGCCUCAGCAGGUGCCAGGACCCCCUCUACCACAUCUCAAGCCUCUGCAGCAGGUGCCAGGCCCACCACUACAGCACCUCAGUUUACCCCAACACUUGUCAAUGGACACGUUACAGCUCAGACAGUUGCUAGUGUAACUGGAAGUGUUGUUAAUCAAUUAUCAGUAGAGAAUGAUGAUAACAAAAGAAAAGUCAGUAAUAGUAGUGGUGGAAAGUACAAAUGUGAAUAUUGUGGAGUUGGAUGUGCCAAACCUUCUGUGCUUGAUAAGCACAAACGCACACACACCAAUGAGAGACCAUAUACCUGUGAACAGUGUAGUCUUGCUUUCAAGACUAAAAGCAAUUAUAAGAAGCACACUAGAUCUCGAACCCAUGUUCGGAAAUGUGAUGGUGUAGCUCUUGAUAAUAGUGAUGGAACUAUAGAGUCUAGUGAUAAUGUUGAUGGUGAUGUAGAAGAUGGCCCUAAGUCAGCUAAUAAAGAGGGUAGAGCUCAGCAGCUACAACCAGCUGAUUUCUCUGUAUCAAGAACCUCUAUAAGGGACCAGCUCCAAGACCUUCCAACUGCUUCUGUGAGUACCCAUCAUGAUGAGUUGGGAACUCUUGAUCGAAGCAAAUCUUUGUACAAGCCAAAAUUUCAUAUUUCUGCUCAUUAUGCACACAGGGAGGAAAGAGGCCCUAAGGGCCAGACACCUCCACCAUCAAGACAACAGCCAACUCCACCUCAGGAUGCUCCUCAACUUGACCAUACUGCUAUCAGUUCUUCAACAUAUCAACCCCAUACUGCCUCCACCCAUGGUCAACCCAACCAGGUUGCGCCCUCUAACCCUAGUCGUCACUCUCCAAGUCCAGCCACUGUCUCAAAGCAAGGCCUACCGCCACUCGAUAUAUGGGCUGCAAAUAAAAAGGAUGAAGGUGUACUGACUGGUCAAAGGAAUUCAGUACAGACACCACAAAGUGCAAAUUCUCUUUGGAAAGGAAUUAAGUCUCCAAGCCCAGAAUUAGUUGGGCAACACAUCACUAAGUUGAUUGUAGAAAACCAGGCCAUUGUGGAUACUCACAAUCCACUGUGGUCUAGACGCUAUAGAAGGCAGCCUAGUAUAGGCUCAUCAUCAAGUGAGAGUGAUGGCUCAGGCACAAGCAAAAGCCGCCGUUCUAGUCUUGCUGAUUUGACUAUUAAGAAUUCCAAGGCACCAGCUGUUGGCUCUUCAUCAACAGCUCCUUCUCCUGCUGGUCUAGGCCCACUACAACAACAAUAUUCAAGAGAGAGAAGUCAUUCCGUCACUGCUGAGGCAAUGAUGGCUGAGUCAAGGUCUUAUAGCCCCAGUCUUCCACCCACCCCACACCUGCCUCUUGCUCAGCCUCCAGUCACCCCCAUCAGUGCUUCCAAACCUUCCAUAUCAUCACAAGGACAUACUACCUCUUACUCUCAGUCUGCUCCAGCCUUCACUACCUCUACAAUGGGCAUGAUGGACCUAACCAUGGUGGAGGGAUCACGCAAGAGGAGGAGCUCUGAGGGCCCUUCUGUGGUUAGAGAUAUACACAAGAGUCGGGUGACUCAUGUGGAUGAUCCAGCUAUUUUGCGUCAGCAUCCACAGAAUCCUGAAGGUUCAGUUAUAAAAAGUCUUCUCUUGCACUCUAGAGCUACCAUUGCAGGUACUAUUGAUCAGAAACUGGAGAGGCUGGAAUGUGAAAGGCUAAACCAGCCAACAGAAGGACAUUACCCAUGCUCCAGAUGUGGCAUACCCUGCCGCAGUCCAGAGAGUUUGGAGGUUCACCUUCGACAUUAUUGCGGACAGCGACUUGGGGGGACUGGAAGUGAGAGGGGCACACCAGAUUCUGUUAAGAGUGGAGAUGGGGGAAGAUGGCCCAGUGAACAAGAUGUAGCUUUAGAUUUGCAGAAAAAACCUGACCGAACUGAUCACUUUGAGAGAGAGAGGUCACUGUCAAGGGGAUCAUCAGUGGGAGAGUCAUCGCAGCGCCGAGGAUCAGAGGAAGAAAAUAGAUAUCGACCAGAAUUAUCUCCAAGGAUUUAUAGAAGUGAAUCUGUACCUGAAGGUGCAUCACCACCAACCAAAAAAAGAAAAAUGUCUGAUGUUGAUGUAUCAUCACAAGACAGGUCAAUGUUUCUCCCACCAAUUUUUUCACCUCGGGGACAAGGGGCAAAUAAAGGGGAUACAGGAAUGAAAAUAUUAGAAGAUAUGAAUAAACAAAAGACAAGCAAUCUCCAACUUUUUGGUGGUGAGGUUCAGAUUUGUGAUGGCAAUGAACGAAAAACAAUGAGAAUAGACCCUAGCCAGCCACCAAGCCCAGCUAUUGAUAUCUGCAUUCCCCCACAGCAAUUAGGAGGUAACAUACCUAAGGCAGAAGUGUCACUUCCUACUUCAGUUGUGGUAACAAUUGCAAAGUCAGGCUUAAAUUCAGGGGGCACAAUGGUUCAAGUAGAGAGUCAGAUAAGUACUUCCUCAACCAAAACAGUACCAAGUCUUGUAAGCUCCUCCAUAUCACGUGAACAGCCAAGUGUUCCAACACAGACUCAAAGUAACUCAAAAGCACCGCUUUCGACCAUUGUAUAUAAUGAUGCUUCAAAGUUUGCUUUUUCUCCUUUUUUACCCUAUGCGCCUCUUCUACAACUACCAAACCUGGCUAUUCCAGGAAUUCCCACACCUGAUUUGGGUAGUUUAUCUUUCCCAACCUACCCAGCUUCUGGCCCAGUACAGUCUUUUCUCCCAGUAAAAAAUUCGGCAGCCCAGGGAAUGAUGGGGAAACAUAAGGUCAACACCAUUCAUUCACCUGCAGCUCCAUCCCCAUCCAAGUUAUCUCCAGGAGCAGGAAUAGCUGCAUCUGGACAGCUGCCAUCUGGAAAUAUAGGAAAUCCCCUUGGAAAUCAGCAAAUACAGGUUAUUAGAGAGAAAGAGAAAGAGCAGUUUAAAGGCAGUAGCAAAUCACCUGCUACAUAUCCUGCUCUCAUACCAAUAGGCGAUGAAAAAGUACCUUAUGUACCAGGGAUUCCUGGACCAUAUUCCCAGGCAGGCAUGGUAGUUCAGCCUCCACUGCACAGAAUACAGAAGAAUCCUGCUGUGUUUGCACCCCCAAUAACUGCCUCAUCCUUUAGUCCUAUGUCGCAAGCUCCAGUAACCUUGCCACAACCUCCAGCCUUAAUGAGCCCCUCCAGGGAGAAGGGUCUACAACCCCCAAGAUCCAAAGACUUUCCUCGCAGUCCAGUUAGGGAACACCAGUCCUUUCAUGCUGCAAAAGUCCCAUCUAGACAGUCCCCACAGUUACCACCAAAAGAAAUACAAAUAAGCAGAGGGAAAGCAUCAGUAAGUGUUUCCUUUAAAUCCUCUGAACGAAAUAUGACUCCUGAUGUCAGACUCCCAGGAGGAUCAGAGACAAGUGCUUUUGAUAAGAAGGUUGCAGAGAAAUCCUCUGUGGCACUUGAUGAAUCAAGAAAUGACACCGCAGGAAGAGAUGAAACAAAGGAUUGUGAGGAAUUCUUGCCACCCAGAAAACGUCCAGACACACUGGCUUUAAAACCACAGCCUUAUGUACCUAACUCCUCACUUGCUUUGAUCGGCACAACUUUAGUAAGUCCGGAUACCCCUCGCCCCAAGAAAAGCUGUGUGCAGAUGUUUUUGAAUGGAUCAGCAUAUACUUAUCUAGGGCACAAAGUUUCCACAAAGUCUUAUUUUUGUUGCAUAUCUAGACAACAACCUAUGUACGUACCUCAGUCCACUGAUCCUAAGCUUUCCAUGUAUUCCAACUGGCAGUUACGUAAACCAGCAGAGGACAAUCCUUUAAAUCUUACACCAUAUCAGCACAUGAGCUUAUACAACUCUCGAAAAGUUGACCAAACAUACACUGUAGCCAAACCAAGAGAGCUAAAUCUCAUUCAGACACACUCUUCAUACUGGACAUUUAAGGAAGAGAAGGAAAAAAAUAAAUCUAAGGAGGAAAAACAUAAAGACAAAGACCCAAAGGUAGUGAAGAAUGAAGACCCAGUGACAAGGACAAGUGAACCAAGUUCCAGUGAAGACAACAGGCCAGCAAUAAAAAGGGAACCAGAGGAGGAAUGUGCUGAACCCUCCAGUAAGAAUAGUGAUGAUGCCGAGACCUCAGACAGCAGCACAGUCAAGCGCAUCAAAAUAUUUGAGGGAGGAUUUAAAAGCUCUGAAGAUUAUACAUAUGUCAGAGGCCGCGGUCGAGGGAGAUAUGUAUGUGGAGUAUGUGAGAUUCGUUGUAAAAAGCCUUCUAUGUUAAAAAAGCAUAUCCGUACUCACACAGAUCUUCGCCCUUAUGCAUGCAGCCACUGCACAUUCAGUUUUAAAACCAAGGGCAACCUGACCAAACAUCUAAGGUCAAAGGCUCAUUAUAAACGGUGUAUGGAGAUGGGCAUUGUUCCUGUUCCAACCGUGGUUGAUGAGAGCCAUGUCAACGAAGAGGCUUUGGCAAUGCAGGGUAAGAUGGAGCAGGAACAAGAAAGAGUUUUAGAAGGUGGUGAUGAUGAUGAUGAUGAUGACGAAGAGGAGGAAGAGGAUGAGGAAGAUGAUGGUGAUGAAGAUGACGAAGAUGAUGAGGAAGCAUUAGAAAAUGACCAAUUUGAAGAUGCGGAUAAAAUGGAUAUAGAUGAGAAUUGCACUAAGAGUGAAGCUGAGUUGAAGAGGGAGGUAAGAGAGAGUAAAGAAAACAUGGGUUUGGUUGGAAAUCCUUCAAGAUCUGGAGUAUUAGUCAUGGCCAUCUCAUCUUGUUCAAGCUCUUCCAAUCCAGCCUUUGCUCACAGCUCAAAAGAUGUCAAGUCUCAGAAACUAACUGACAAUGCUGAAUCCCUUAGAGAUUCUCCCAUGGAUCUGAGUGUGAGGAAGACAGCUGUGCUUAAUCUCUCUCCGGCUCAGGAUAAAAACUUAGCCAUGAAGAAGCCUCCAGUCCCACGUAGACCAAGCUAUCUCCCACUGAUGGCCAAAUCUUCCAUGACUGACCUCAGAUCUCCAGUGGCAAAUCUGACAUCACCUGGCACUCCUACAACUCCUAUUAGAGAACACCCUUCUGAAAUCUUAUCACCAGUUACAGAAUCAUCAACUCUCCUGAAGAGUAUAUACAAUACUACAUCAAGAGCAACUCAUGUAUCAAACAGGGAGAAAUUAGACAUUGUAAUUGAUCCAAGUAAGGAAAAUGGUUGCAACAAUUCAAUGCUACAAGCAUACAUAAAGGAGUGUGCAGUUUUGGACACAACCAUCAAGAGACAGCAGUACAAAGAUUCAUCAUCAGAUACAUCACCUGAUUCACCUCACAACAGUCUAAUUCCAAACCAUUCUGGAACAUCUGUAUCGACUGCAGGGGCCGAAAAUUCCAAUGAACAACCCCAAAAGUCAGAAAGCAUACAGAAUGACAGAGGAACAUCAUUGGAUGAGAUAAAAAGAGAAGGAAGAACUGAAAAUGAAAGCUUGGGAGUAAAUUCUGAACAAAGUUGUACCUCAGAGGUAUCCUCUUCAAGUUGUACAACAGCUGUUAACAGCACUCCCCAAGCAGCCACUUCACGUAUGCCAACCCCUCCUGCCAAUCUCACAGUCAUGAACAAUGGUGGAAUGGACACCAAGACUGCUUUCCUUGUACCCAGUGGUGUUGUUCCUUCAUCUCUGAACAGACUAGGGAACGAUGAUGGUAAGUGCAGAUGCAGCAUAUGCCACAAGGAAUUUAACCGUCCGUCCCAGCUAACUCUUCAUAUGAACAUUCAUUAUAUGGAGCGGCCUUACCGUUGUGAGUCUUGUGCCAUCUCGUUCAGAACCAAUGGGCAUCUUCAGAAGCAUAAAAGAUCUGUCAGUCAUUUUAAUAAGGUAAACAGGAACAUGACCUUUGGGACCCCAAGCACGGAUAACCCACGACCUUUCAAGUGUCAUGAUUGCAAAAUUGCAUUCCGCAUUCAUGGUCAUUUAGCUAAACACCUCCGCUCAAAGAUGCACAUUAUGAAGCUAGAGUGUCUUGGAAAACUUCCUUUUGGCACUUAUGCAGAAAUAGAACGGUCUGGUGCUAAUCUUAAUGAAAUAGACACCACAGACUGUGAUAAUUCUUUGGAGAGUUUACAGGUUAUGGCAUCACGACUCUAUGAGAAAGACCCAAGUAAACUGGCUGCGUGGCAGAACCAACAGCAACACCGUGUCCGCACUGUCAGCAACUCCUCCACUAACUCUGAUGAUUAUCCUUUGCAAGAUGAUCAGGAUGAUUCUUUUGCUGGGUGUGGUAAUGAUGAUGAUACAGAGGGUGAUGAGGAUGAAGAGAUAAGCAUGCCUCAGGAUGCUCCGAGACUUGGUGUCCCAGGAUCCAGUGUAGGACCAAUUCCUACUGAGUUACACAGUCCUCACUCCCAUGGGAUACCGCCCAUUGAAAUAGGAUCUGGUGCUACUGCUGGCCUUCUGGCCUGUCAUAUCUGCCAUGAGAAGUUCCUUGACCUGGAGCAUCUUAGUGGCCACCUUUACAAUGUCCACAAGGUGUCCGUCACUUACCGCAACAGCUAGCCCCUAUCCUAUUAAGGCCGCACACAUGUGGACUUUGCGAAGCCAAGUUUCCAAGUCACAGUCAGCUGCUGAGCCACAACCAGCGUCACCAUGUGGCAAGCAAUGGGCCGGAUGUAAAGUCAUCCUAAUAUGCCUCAUCAGAAUCAAGACCUCAUUUCACCUUGGAAGUGGAACUUUGGAAAUCAUCUGGAAAAAAGGAAAUAAGAAAACCUUGCAUAUGCUUUUCCUAGGCUUAGCCCACUGAAGCAUUUGUUGAGUGUGACACUACUUUUACACCAAGUGAUUACGUUGGGUCUCAGUUGUGGCAUAGACAAAAUUUCUUAGAGAGCCUUUGUAUAUGGCACCACUUCAAAGCAGCACAGUGUAUGGGAGAUGGUCAAAUGUGUUACCACAGCAGCACAUAUCUGACCUUACCUCCUUGGUGCUACCCAAAGAAUGAAGCACUUCGGAUACAUGCCUUAUAGCACUAAACCAGUUUUCAUAUCCAGAGAUCAAAUAUCCAUGACACUUUGUGGCUUAUGUAAUCCAGAUAUGAAACCUAUUAAAGACAGAUUACAAAAGUUGAUAUUUUCUGUAAUUAAAGUAUUUAUCAGAUUAUAUUUAAAAGUUUAUCAGUGUACAUUGAACAAAGAGGUGUAAUGUUGCAAUGUGGGUACCAAAGGCAGUUUGAAAAUGUUAUGUGACCUAAGUGCAAUGACAUAUUUUGUGGGUCAUUCAGAAAACCAGCAUUUUGAAUCCAGGCCUAGAGUGACAUUGAUGACAACAAUUUUUUAAUGUGAAAUGUCCCUUGAAACUAGUAUGUAUUUUUGAUGUUUCAUAAGCUUUUCUCAUAAAUAAAAGGCAGGAAGAUGUGAUCAUCUAAAUUUACUCAAGUGGAAGUGAUAGACUUGACUACAAAGACAGUAACUGGUUAUAGACAGUUGAUAUUUGCUUAUUGUUUUACUUGUUUAAAUGUGAGUAUAGGAGUGAAUGUGUUUCCCUAAAGCCUAUCACAGUUAAGACUGAUUUGGACUAGGCAUGUGAUAUUGUUAAUUGUGGCUACUGUCACAAGUCACCUACUGAGUAGUAUAUGAAGGAGAUUUUUGAAAUGAUAUUAAAAACCACCUCACUAUGAGUGGUGGAUGGAUGUUACUCUGCCAAGACAAGUGAUGCUCAAGAGUGUGUGUGUUGGCUCAAGACCAGCCGUGUAUAAUGGCUUUUGUAUCUAGCAUUGUGGGUUGUAAUAGUACUUCCAGUCUGCAUAAAUUCUGCAGCUACUAAUUCUUUUUGUGAAGAUGGGUUGAAGAUAUUAUAUGUAUUUUUAUUGUAUAUUGUUUGUAUUCAAGGAUUUGUAUAGACACUGUGCCAAUAUCACUCACCUUUUGAUUUGAAGGGGGAUGGAAAUGUUUCUAUUUGGUAGCCAAUAGUCAGUUGUCUGCCAUGUGACUUUCCCAUGGGAGCUUAUUAUUGAUAGAUAGAUUUAAAUGUAACUUGUGGCAGCAGAUCUGUCAGUAGGCUUUUAAGCUUCACUGAUAGACCUGCUGGGUUGUUCAGUCUUUUUACUGGCCUGUAUUUUGUUACAGUGUACAGUACAAAACUGUGUAUGGCAUUUUAGUGUUUCCUGGCUGUAUAUUUGACAUUUCUUCUUUCUACUAUGUUAAUUAAAGAGUAUAUUUGAAUAGAAACUGUUAUCACUGUGAAGACUACCUGAUAGCCUUGAAAUUCAACUGAAGUACCAUAACCACACUUUACACUGCUCAAAAAUACAGACUAGACAGUCACUUCCUAACAAGUCUUCAUUGUGGCAAAACCUACCAACAAUCAUUUCAUAGAUAUGCUGACAAAAGCAACAGUUACUGGCUAGAAGACUCAGUCACCAUGCAUUUUGCAUCAAAAUCAACUUUUAGGAUGAAUAUUUGACAAAUCCAGUAAUUAGGUUAUUAGAGAAACGCAUUUAACAGUGUGGUGACUAAGAUUUCAGCACAACUGAACUUGAGCACAAAUCAACUAGUUGACAAUCCUUUGUAUAGCUAUCUCAGGGGCACUGGUAGGGGUGGGGGCAUCCAGGAUAAGGCAAGACUUUAUUAAUUAGGGAGCUGGUAAAGGGUUAAAUGUAAGGAAGUGUAAGUGACUGGAAAGUUGUGUUUCAUUUAUUUUUCAUUAUUAUUUUUUCUGGUCUUCCCUCUCUGGCUUGGGUUAUUUGUGUGCACUGGAUGAGCACUUUAAGAGGGAGAAUGGAGUAAUUGAUCAAAUGAAUAUACUUCUGUUGGCGA